GUUCAGCCGAAUUUGAAAGCUAGACACGGACGGCAGACCAACGUGUACCUGAUGUCAACCUGGUUAUACUGGCAGGAACUGUGAAAGGUAUGUGGAUAAUUCUUCUGAGUCCCGUUACUGAGAGAUAUUUCUUUCUUUCCUUUGUAAUGUAUUUUUUGGCUCGUUUGUUGUUGUUGUUUUUUUUUGCUGUUGCUGCCGUUGUUUAUUUGUUUUUUUUUUCACGUAUUCGUUGUUUGUUUUUCUUAGUUUUCAACUUAGUCUAGAAGAACUUUUAUUUGUAUAUCCAGGACCGGGUUAAGUUGGGUUAAGAUAACCCAGGGUUAGUGCGAAAUUUAAAUUCAGAUAUGAAAGCUUAAAAAGUACAUUCAGUUUAAUUCUUUUUGUCAACAAGUUGUUGAUUGGAUGCUCUUAAAAAUAACAGAGAAGACUAUCCGAGAAAAUGCUUUUGAGCAAAAGAAACAGAAAGCCCGGCUAAGUUUAACCCUGGGUUAAGCGCUAAUCGGCCUUCGAAUAACUGGGUCCAGGAGAUAAUUCUUCUGUCCACCCAUCAAUGUAUUGCGUUAUCGUCAUUGUAGAUAAGGUCAAGUGCUCCUUUUUAGUGGUGUAACCGGUUUGGCAGGAUUGCGAUAAUGCCAAAGUCUAUUUUCGUAACUAUGCAAGUUCUAUCUCCUGCACGCUUUCAUUAUCCGACAAUUGUUAAAAUUCCGGUUCACUGAUUCGGUCAAUACCAGGUUAAUUUCGGUGACGGUAAAAGGCGGUAUGAGUUUGCGGAAUGGCAUGUGGCAUGGCUUGCGGAAUGACACAAUUAAGCGGAAUGUAAAAUAUAGAAAAUGGCGCAAAGAAAUAAAUUAAAUUGAAAAACAUGCGGGCGUCUUUGCCGCGCCUUUUUUGGCGCCAAUUUGAGUGAGCAACUUUUUUGUUGGUCCAUUUAUUACUGCUGGCUUUAUCCAAAAAGGCAGAGCAGAAAGUAGCGAUAAGCUUUACUGCAUUCGUGUCUUUGUAAUAAUUAAUUUAAUUUAGUUGCUUUAGACAAUACUUUUCCUCUUUCUGCCCACCAUUAUAAUAAAGUCAAAUGUCAAAACGCUAGAGGGAAAAGAACGCUCGUUGAACGUGAAGCCGGGCUAGCUACAAUUCGAGGGAUUAUUAAUUAAUACGGUGGACGAGUCAGAAAAUAUUGGAGACUAAAUGAAAGCCCCGAGUCAAACAUUAAUCUGUACUCCAGAAAUCGAGUGAAGUGAACCGCUCUUGUCUCCUUUUGGCCCUUCCGUGUGUCUUCGCACCUUCCUUGUUUGUGUGAGUGUGUGAGUUUGAUCGUGAAAAAAUACUAAAACUGUAGGAAGGGAAAAAAAAGAGAGAAACAGACAAACACUCAAUUGCCAGGAUUCGAACUCGCUCUUCUCCUCCAGCUGUUAGCUUCGCGUGCAGGAAACUUAACCAAGCAGCUAAGGAAACAAAAUACAGGAUCCGUUUCAUCUUUGAAUAUCAUGAUCACGUAACCCACCGUCUGAAAAAGAAACACUUCGCACGCGGUUGCAAAUACAAAUAUAGGUAGAAGGAAACCGUAAAGUUAAUCGUGCGAACAUCUUUUGCACAAAAAAUUAACGCAGAAGGGAGCGUGACCUUCCAAAACAUCUUUUCUUCAAUGGCCGACUUUCGUGCUGUAGUAUCGGUGCUGCCAUGCAACCCGACUAAUAAAGGCAAGAAGAAUCUUUGAAGCUGUACGGAAAAUGCUAAUCGACAAUUAGCCUUCGUGGAUUUUUGAUUGUCAUCGUGCAACAUUAAAACAGCGGCUGCGUUUGCAAAUUGAUUGGCGCAAAAAAAGGGCGCACUUUUCAGUUUAAUUUAUUUCUUUGGGUCACUCUGCAUAUAUUACAUUCCACAUAAUUAUGUCAUUCCGCAAGCCAUGCCACAUGCCAUUCCACAAACUCAUUCCUCCUUUUACCCUCACCGGGUUAAUUUUGUUUGUUUGCUUGUUCGUUUUUGUUAAUCGUUUUACACGGCGUCUUAGGUGCGAAAAGGGAUACUUCGGAAAUCCUUCAAAAGUCGGAGAGAAGUGUAUCAAGCUACCAGGUAUGCAAUUAUCGAACCAGUAAAACUAGAGACUAACUUGCUUACAAGACACAAGCAGAAAUACGAAUAUUUUAACACCCCUCUGUAAGGAUACGAUCAAUUUUACAGUUCUGGAUGACUUACAAUACCAAUCCUUCGAAAUGCUUUGGGCAAAACUUAGACCGGCUCGUCUCCCAAGGGGAUGCAAUUCUAUUGUAGUUGGGAUGCUUUAUCAUCUGCCAAGCGCCAGUGACGCUGCGAUAAUGGAAUAUUUAAUCAAGUGCUUAUCAACCAUUGAAUCGUGCUAUCCCAACUGUGGUAUUCUGAUUGCUGGGGAUUUUAAAAGAUUGCAAAGAACACGCCUCCGAAACAAUUUCCAGCUAAAGCAAAUGGUCCACUUUCCAACACGAGGCAGAAGGACACUCGAUUUAAUCCUUACAAAGAUUUCUGAAUACUAUCAGGAUCCCAUUGAACGCCCGGCUUUCGGUUUAUCUGAUCACGCCUCAAUUGAGCUCCAACCGAAAGAAAGAGCACAUAUGAAGCAACCUACUAUCACCAUUAAAGCGAGGGAUUUGGAAGCUGUGGAUGUGUGCACCAUGACUUGCGCCUUAGAAACGUGCGGAGAAAAGGUCACGCUCCUGGAAAAGAUUAUAACAACAGGACUUGAUCAUAUUCUUCCCAUUCAAUCCCGAAGGGUGUACUCUACCGAGCCCCCUUGGAUUACACCCACACUCAAAGAACUGAUUCAAGGGCGUCAGCGCGCCCUUUCCCGUGGGGAUAAUCAACAGUUUCGGGAGAUAAGGAAUCGUGUGAAUCGCGAACGAAAAACGUGUCGGGCUAAGUACUUUCAAGCGAAGGUAGAGCACUUGAAGGAGUGUAAGCCGUCCGCGUAGUGGAAUGAAAUCAAAAAGCUUAGCCGCUGUUCCCCGGCUUCCACGGAGAGAUCUUACGUCACGAAGUCCCCACAACACCUGUAUGGGCCUUCAGAUGACAUCACUCUUGCCAUCAUCAUCAAUAAGGCCUUUCUCUCGCUCCCUUCUGAUUACGUCAUACCUCCCACUAACAGCGCAACUCAACAACCCAGCUGCGCUUGUUGUAUCAAACGAGUCGGUUUAUAAGAAAUUGAUGAAACUGAACAGAAGCAAAGCGCAUUGUUCCUAUGGCAUCCCGGGUGGGUAUUGAAAGAAAAUGCAGAUUUACUGGCAGCGCCGAUAGCAGAUAUUCUCAAUUCAUCUUAUCGCGAAGGUCGUCUCCCACCAUCAUGGAAAGAAGCAGAUGUUGUGCCGGUGCCCAAGCAAAGACCCUUGCAGAACAUAAACAAACACCUGCUACCCAUCUCCCAGACACCAAUCCUGUCAAAGAUAGCGGAAGAGUACGUUGUCGGCACUUAUGUCAAGCCUGCUGUCCUCUCAAAGAUCAACCCACAGCAAUUUCGAACGGUGCCCAAAUCCAGCACCACGCAUGCAUUAAUCAGUAUGAUUCACUCUUGGGCGAAGUCAACGGAUGAAAAUGGGUCGACUACGAGAGUUGUACUCUUUGACUUCCGGAAAGCAUUUGAUUUGAUUGACCAUCAUGUUCUGGCGCGGAAGCACUCCUCAUAUGAUAUUCCAAGGUCGAUUUCGCGCUGGAUCAUAGACUUUUUAAUGGGCCGUAAGCAAAGGAUAAAACUGAGCCGCGACUGCUUCUCGGAGUGGGAAGCUGUUCCCUGCAGGGGUCCCACAGGGGACGAAACUGGGACCCUGGCUGUUCCUUAUCAUGAUAAAUGAUCUUUCUGUAGCAGACAAAACUCUUUGGGAAUACGUCGAUGACACCACUCUUAUCAAAUCAGUAUCGAAGAACGGGACUAGCUACAUGCAGUUACGCGUAGAUGAACUUGUACGACAGUCGGAAGCUGAUGGCUUCCAACUCAACGAGUCUAAAUGUAAAGAACUGAGAAUAUCAUUCUCUAGAUCAGGAAGUUCUGUAGAUUAUAUCACUACCAAUGAUAAGCAAAUCGAAGUUGUCUCGUCCGCAAAGCUGUUAGGACUGGUAGUUUCGGACAACCUCAGGUGGAACGCGCAUGUAGAAUCUAUAUGCAAAAAGGCUGCGACGCGCCUGUACUUCCUAAAACAGCUAAAGCGCGUAAGGUUUCACCCAAGGAUAUGCUACUUAUGUAUACAACAUGUAUACGCCCUGUAUUAGAAUAUGCGUGCCCAGUUUUUCAUCAUUCAUUGCCGCAAUAUCUGUCGAAUGAAAUGCAAAAGUUGCAAAAGCGCGCGUUGUGGAUAAUUCAACCCUAUGCUGAGGCUCAAGUAGCUCUAGACGUCACGUAACUGUACGAGAGGAGGAAGGCCUUGAGUAAUGCUCUAUUUGACCAAAUUGUAAGAGGCCAAAGCCACAAGCUCCAUGAUCUGCAGCCGCCACGCAACGGGUCCACUUAUUGCACCCGUAGCCAGAGAUAUUUCAAACUACCGAUUUGUAAGACAAAUAGGUUUAAAAACACUUUUAUUAGUAGUAAUCUUAAUUAUUAGUAUUUUGGUGUUGAUACUUCUCCUUUUGUAUUUUAUUGUAGGUUAUAUUUUACGGUUUAGUAGUAGUUAUCAUAUGUUUAUAGAUAAUUUUUAGUUCCAUUGUAAAGUAAGUCACAUUUCAGCCGGACCGGGGGCUGCAACGAUUUUACGUCUUAAUAAAGCUAACUAUCUAACCAUUUAAACCCUGCGCAGUGGUUUAAUCAGUUUACCCAAUAAAAACGUGACCUCCCCGAUACUUUGCGAAUAGUUGUUUCUACCCGGCAAUUUUGUUGCUUUUUCCGUUCACUUUCUGUUGGCAAACCAGUGUGUUUUGUCAAAAGAAGCGAAAAUCAUUAUAAAACAUUAUUAUUACCAUUGAGGUACAGGGUACAUGGAAACGAUCUCGCACAAAAAGUCUAAACCUCUUAGUUCUUCUCGCCAGAGCAAUAUGUAAAAGGUUUUUAAGGGUUUCAUAUUGAUAAAGUUGUAAGAAUUGCCACCCCUUCUAGCUUUUUUGGGAGUUACACAACUAAGAAAAAAAAUAAGCCAAAAAAUACGUCGAAAAUAAACCAACCCGGUGACGUUUUCAACGAGAAAAAGAGGAAGAUCUAGAUUCCACUGGGUCUGUUACAGAGGGGCAUAUUUUAAGUCACCUUUAAGUACUUUUCUUGACUUGUAUGAUAUGAUUGUUACGAUGACCUGAAGACGUCAGUUCUAUCCCUAUGAUUGCGAUCGCCUCAUAUGCCCCCCCAUUGCACCAGACGUGCUUCUGUCUAAUCGUCCCUAUUGCCUGCAUAUAUAUUAAGACGACUUGCGCGAUUAAGACAGUUCUGACGUCGGUCAUAUUCCACCAAACUAAAUGGUGCGUAUUUACCUUACUUCAUGCCAUGGCCAAACAAAUAAAACAGGUGACUUAUUUCUCUGUUUAUAGUGGGAUAUCUACCAACUGUCAAAGUCAGGCCCAUGAAGCGCAUCAAGGAGGAAGGUAAAAACGCUGUGUUUUAUUGCUUUGCUGGCGGACAGCAAAGACCAAGAUUCGCUUGGACUCGGGAAGACGGACAACCGAUGUCGCGGCGCGUUUCAGUGAAAGGAAAAAGAUUAAAGAUCAGGGGAGUGCAGAAAGAAGACUAAGGAACGUACGUUUGUAACGCUAGAAAUGUUUACGGGUCCGAAACAGCUUCGGCAAAGCUGACUGUCAAAGGUAAAUGUUCCCUUGUCAAUACCUCUACUGCAUUUAACAGAAUUUAUGUCAGUUUCAAAUAAGAUAGACAUAUGAACACUUCUUCAUCGCAGCUUCUCAUUGAUGUUCUUUCGCUACAGCUGAGUUACGUAAGGCCUGGUGAAUAGCACAGCGCACAAAUGAAUAAUUUCAAUACAUUUCGUCAUUUAUGUCAUUUUGAUGACAAAAGUCAGGCUAGUAUGACAGAAUACAAACAAAAGUAAGGAAUUGUUUGAUUAGCCAAUCGUUUAGGUUUUGCAGUAUGACGUCAAAGCAAAGUAUCGAUUGAUUUCUAGAAAGUUCUCAGGCAUGAAGUUUUUUCACCUGAGCAUUUGAUAAACCAAUCAAAUCGCUCUAUGUCCGUUCGUUUGUUGUUUCUGUUUUGAUCGCGCGUUUUCAUUUCAAGGUCAUACGAAAAUCGCUCUAAACUGUGAACUACUGUCUUUUUUUAGACGUUCUUGUAGACCCUAUUGCAGUUACUGUCUCCCCAAAAGUUCUCUACGUCCCAUUAAACAAAAGUGCACAGUUCACUUGCACAGCCAAAAGUGACGCUGAUUAUAGUCUCAAAUGGACGCUUGGUAUGUAUGGUGCACUUCCUGAAGGGGCUGUAGACGAAAAUGGUGUCCUUAAGUUUGAGAAUACACAAGGUAUUCACGAAGGGACCUACACAUGUACUGGUAAAAACGCAUUUACUAAUGACAUGGCCAGCGUUCAGCUGCGUGUGGGAGGUAAGAAAAUACUGGCUUUUGGAUAGCUAAAGGUACGGAAAAACGAGCAACAAAAAGCGUGUAACUUGUUUUGCAACAUUGCUGCAAAACGAUUUGAAUAGCGAUGUUGCGCGUUUUACCACCCACGAUCAAACCUGUUAACAACCUGAUUUGUUGCGAGACAGGUUUGAUGUGGGUGGUAAAACGCAAAACAUCGCUAUUCAACUCGUUUUGCAGCAAUGUUGCACGACAAGUUGCACGUCUUUUGUUGCCCAUUUUUCCGUACCUCAAGCCUCGCCCGUUACAUUAACUUGUCAUUAUUAAUAUUUUCCUUCAUUUGACUAAAUAUAAAAAGAAUACAUUUGAAGAUCCCGCAGGCGACCACGCAAAAUGUCAAGAUUUUGUUGUCGCUUACGAGGAUCAGCAACUCAACAGUCGAACAGGUUUUCAGUAGAACAGGCACCCAGAUAUGCUUUUACUGGGCAGGAAAUCCCAUAUGAACUCGGCUAAGAUGCCCCUCCUCUUGUUUAUGGGGUGUAAAUCGUAGAUUGUGAUAUGACUCAAGGUGUUUAAGACAGAAGUCCGACAUUGUUCCAACGAAGGUAUGGCUAAUAAUCUAGAUUAAAUGCUUGCCACCUAUUCUAUAUCAGGCGGUCAUUUGAUUGAAUAAACUUAACCUUUUAAAGAAAAAAUAAACGAAAGUGCAAAAUAUUUAGGGUAAACAGAUUUUCGCCUUAACUCAUGGCGAGUUACUAUUCCAAAUACUCCAUUUAAUCUUGUUUCUCGUUGUAACAGAUUUAUACAUAUAUAUGUCAAGUUUAGCAACGGUUACCAGCUGUAUGGAUUAGUGGAGUUCUGUCAUGCAAUUUAGUUUUUUACCUUCCUCUAUAAUUCAGUAUGGUUAAUGGUUAUAUUUAGUAUGGUUAAUCUAAUGGCCGCAAAAGCACUUAUUUUUCUUUUGUAGUGACAAGUCCGAAAGUGUCGAUUUCACCCGUACUACUGAGCGUGCGCGAAGGAGACUCGGCUCAAUUUCGCUGCUCAGCCAUUGGAUUUCCCGCUCCAGUCCUCCAGUGGCACGGUGGUCCUGACAGUAAACUACCAUCAGAAGCAAUAUUGUCUAAUGACAAUGGGCUUCUUACAAUUCCUAAAGUAGAGAAGAUACAUGAAGGAAAGUACUUUUGCACCACUGAAAACUUGGGUGGCAUUUCCGGUACUAGCGCGUUUCCGAAUGUCUCCGGUAAGAAAUUGAUCCUUAAUUGUUCUUCAUUUUGUCUUUGAUUUCCUUGAUUCUUUCCCAGGGGUUACAAACAAUAAAUAAAGCUUUGAAAAAUUGUUAGGUUAACACUGAAAUUUUAAAAAAAGAUCAUCUCCAUUCCAUUGCUUUUGAAGUUUUGAGCAGUUAUUUUUAUCUUUCGCUCGAUUUGGGUUUUGAUAAAUUUCUUGAAGUAGCUCCCUUAAGCAGAAAAUAAACACGUUUUCUACUCGGUGCCAACAUGGCUCCAAGGGUUCUUACCCCCCUACUUGCCCCUCCCCCCUCUCCCUCUCUCUCGUCAGCAUUAACACUUACUUCUCACUGAGGGCAAAAUGUUGGCUUAGGGAAGAGGUAGGUGGGCAGUUUCCCAGAAACGUAUAAUGAUCCCUGGGAACGAUGUUUGUUUCUUGCAUCAGUUAUUUAUCAUCUUUUUAACAGCCGGUGGCAGCGUCCCUGUAAUCUCAGUCACUCCCAGCACCCUCAAUGUUAUAGAAGGUGAUGAGGCGUUAUUUGAAUGCCUUGCUGUUGGAGACCCGACUCCUACAAUUCGCUGGUCACGUGAGAAAGGUCGGCUUUCCUCGUCAUCUUCGUCCGAGAAUGGCGUGCUAAUCAUUUCCUCAACGAAGCUUGAAGACGCAGGAACCUACUUUUGCAGAGGUGCGAACAAAUUCGGAGCCAAGGCUGAACCUGUAACAUUGAAUGUUGAAAAAGGUAUUAUUUAGGCCCCGAUCAUACGUAUCAGGAAAUUUCUGAAUCCGCAACUUUUUCUUUGCAAAUUCGGCUUCUGUCCAUACAUAUCCGGUGUAUCCGGCAUACGAAUCCGUUUGCCAGAGUGGAGAUUUUUGAAUACGCUAUGAAUCCGGAAUCGCGGGGACGCUAAUUCCAUAUAUGUUUUUAUCCAGUGACGUCACAACAUCGAGCCCAGUUCUUUACCAGGAAUAUUCAAGACGAUGCCAAUCGCAAUGGGUUAUCGCUUCUACACUUCUUGGACUUCAGUUUCAAGUCAUAACUUGUGUACUGUUAAACCUAGCUAUGAUUACUUGACACUUCAAUUAUGCCAAACGGCGGCUCGACAUUUUGAAGCUUCUUUCCAGGUCGGACGGACGAAUUUGGAUGCCGUAAACGAGUUAAACGACCGAAAUAGUGCUUGGCGACAAUUUUGUCAGUGAAACAGUUAUUGAAGAAGACUGGCAAUAAAAUUUUCGCAUGAGCUGAAGAUCGCUGUACAAAUUAGCUGACGAACUGAGAGUGAAUCCAAAUACGUGUGGACGUGGGCAAAUCAUAUUUGAGUACGGAUACAUGUGGAUUUAAAGAUUUUGCGGAUUAGAAAAUAUCCGGAUACGUGUAGACCCAGACGGGACCUUAUUCGACAUUGGAUAAAAUUGUACUUAAAGGGGUGUCACGGCAGUCCAGUCCAUUUUGUUUAAUUUUGCCAGUUACUCGCCCUCAAUCGCUAUGAGGUUAAAGUAAGCAAAGAAAUAACUUGUAAAUGACACAAGAAAAGAUUCGAGACAAACAAAUAUGUCUCCUGAGCAUUAUUUUUGAAGUUACAAACAGAAGAGAUCAACUUUGAAAAACUGUUAGGUUGAACAGUUUUCAAAAACCCUAAUUUCAAUCCGUUUCAGUCUUCUUCAGUUUUGCCCAUCCGUGGCAUCUGUUGUAUCUGUUGUGUUAUUUUAACCUUCGUUUAAUGUUUUAAGCGGUUAUUUUUACGUUUCUCUUAAUUUAACGGGCAUUUUGUAAAUACCUAAUUUGGCUGAAUUUCGUGACACAGCGCCUUUCAUUUUUUUUCGGUUUUCUUAAAUAUUUUCUAACAGAACACAUUAGGCUAGUAGCCUGGGUGAGGUAAAACUUACUUUUGAGAGGCAGUCAAACAGUUUCGAGUUUUGUAAAAACGAGUUUUGGUGAAACUAACGCUUGAUUCUGAGAUAGAGGCGUAUGAAACAAAAGAUUCCGGCCCAGGUAUGAAUAAUUCGUAAUAUUUUGUUUAAAUCUGCUCUACCUCAGAGCCACGUAUGGUCUCUUAAAAAUGAAAGUUGUAACAUGUCAUGUCGUUUUUUUCUUCAGACAACUCCGUCGCUCCAACAGCAGUCAUGGUACUGUUGAAUCAAACUGUUGACGUAGGUGCAUCAGCAAUCCUGUCAUGUCAGGUGACAGGACGCCCCUACCCCACCAUACGGUGGAACAAAAUUGGCGGCAGCUUAACGGAGAAUCAUGUAAUUGAGGAAGGCGUGCUGCGGAUACAAAACGCGACUAUUGAGGACGCGGGAACGUACGUGUGCGUGGCGCAAAACAAGAAAGGAGUCCAGCAGGCAACAGGGAUAGUUGAUGUGAGAAGUGAGUAAUGCUCAAAGCACUCCUAUCGGUGAACUUGUGGAAUAGUUUGCAUGAACGCAUGGAGGGUCAGCCUGGGCCAUACUGAGAUAGGUUAUGUUAUUAAUACACAUACCAUAAUUAUCCCUUUCACUCCAGCCAAAAGUGUUACGUAGCAGGGUCUACGUUGCCACUCCAAGGGCAUUAUUCAGUGAAAUCAAAAUAUCGCAACUUUACGUAUAACGAUUUGAAGGGAGAGUUUAGUUUACGGUUAGGGCUAUGCUGCUUGCAGGGUUUUGAGUUUUAGACACACUCCCAAGUUACAUUAUUUUCGCAAUUAUGAGUGCAUGUGAUUCAUCAGUAGUGAACAAAGGAUGCGCUUUCUCUGCUUGUGUGUAUAUUAGCAAUUGACAAGAUUAGGGUUUUGUCAGAUGAAGUUUUUCACGCUAAGGUUACGAAGGCUCUAAGACCAUAUUGCAAUAUCUUAUAUCGUCCAAGCUACAGUUAGGUUAUUUACUUCCCAUAUCCGCAUUAACUCGGUACUUAUCAUUAUUUCUAUAUUUCUACGUUUCUUUUUUUCUCUCUCUCUGUAGCCAUCUUUGCCAGAUAACUGUGAUCAAAAAUUGUUUUUUAAUUGCCAUACGUUCAGAAUUUUGUUAGAUUGCGCAACGAUUAUUGUUAUUGUUUUUUGUUGUUUUUGUGGUUGUCGUUGUUAAGAACUGGAUGACGUAGCAUAACAACGAUCUUGCAUGUGGCAGCCUGGGCAGAGUUUUUUGAAGCCCAGUUAGUUCUUGAACAUAUCUGUUGUUAGCUAUCUUAAAUUUCCUCCAAUCGGGCUUCGAGCAACUCAGCUCUGGUGUGGAGUGAAAGGAUUAAUGAAUCAACACAAGUUGCUCUGCUCUUGAAUUCUCGAACGGCUCUAUUUUGCAUUAGUGUUAAUUCCAUAAACAAGCAAUCGCCAGCUAUUUAAACCCUUUCACUCCCAGAAGUGCUCUUGUUCAUAAUCCGAUUAGAUUUUUAUUGCAGUGUUGAAAACAACCAGAACAUCUGACAGCAUUGCCAUAUCGUACUGCUCAGUAGCUUCCCUUCAACUCUUCACGCGAAAGUUAAAGCCAGUAAUCGAAGUAUUCUGGUUGACUUUUAAAGUUUACGAGUUUUGAAAAUUACGAGGAAUUUACGAGUUAUUUUGGGAGGAAACGGUUAAACAACGCAUGCGCGUGAUCGCUAAGAGACUUAGAGGUGUGCUCGUAAAAAUAUUACCAUACAUAUAGGGCCAUAGCGCCCUCGUUACUAAAAGUAGUUUGUCAGCAUAGUAACCGCUAGUGCACACUCAUUGACGAAAUUUAAAUGCCUGAGACUUUUUGAGGCAUGUUAAAUGAGCACAAUGCAGCCAAAUUGACUUCUGGAUCCAAAUAAAAUAUGCAUUAUUACACAUUGUCUCGUAAGUACGCACCUCGCAUUUCUCGAUUACCAUUUUCUUUGUUUUGUUUUCUUUAAACCACUUCACUGCUUUAAAACUUUCUAAAUAAAUAGAUUUGAAGAAAAAAGUACCAAAAGGUAAGAUACCAGCUGGACCUUUCCCUAGACCAAUGUCCCAUUAAAGUCUCUAAACUAUAUUCUUACCAUUCGUUCUUUGAUGUUUAGGCUAUAAUUUCUUUUGAUAAAACUGCAAUUUUUACUGAUGACAUUCAGAAUAAGCGUUUUAAAAUGUUAUUUGCCUGCAGCAUCCAACUGCCCAACUUAUAAAUUGCAAGCGGUCAUGUCAUCUUUCAUGCACGAACUCUCCAUACUCGCUGAUUGUUAUAUCUUUGAUAAGUACACCCUUUUAAUGGAAUCUGAAGAAUCGCUUUCUGUAGACAGUGGACACGCCUGCCUUUGAGCCUGACUUUGGGGUUGCUUAUAACUCAUAUAUUUAUACAUCCACCGCGCUCCUAGCAUAAAACCAUAAAAUUCUGGAACAUUUCUCGAAAAUAUUACUCCAGAAAACCUAUUUAUACCAUGAACAAUUGUAAUCUUUACUUUAGAUGUCUAAUUUGCGAUUAAGGCAAAGGAAACAAUCAUUGUGAAAGUGUUACUUGUUCACUUGAACUUCUAAACUAACAAAGCAUAUUAAGUUCUAAUAAACUGUUAAUACUAGUAAUGAAAAUAGAAUCCUUCUGAAUUGAAAGGAAAUAUAUAACUUAACGAGAUACUUUCCAACUUAGCAUUCAUUCUCUCCACCAAAGGCGCAUAUAAGAGAUCAUCAUCAUCGGUCGACCCAACUGAGUAUCACGGUGCCCGUAGGUUAAUACUGGUGGCGGACCGACACGUGACUUGGCAUGAGUGUCUUACAUCCGUGACUACUUGAGUACGAUGUACUGGAGUUAGGUUAUUUGCAACUUUCCAUUCCCCAAAAUGCGGUUUUCUUUCCCACAAAUGUUUGCAUAAGUAUUGAGACUGUCAAUCGUCCCUUAUUGAUAAAUUGACGCAAUACCCAUGCACUUUCUUUUGUGAGAAAACCUACUGUAUUAUGGGAAAGGUGAAAGUCGCAAAUAGUGGGAUUUUUUACAAGGAAAUCAGAACCACACUAUAAAUGCACAAAGAGAAUUAAAAAAUAAACUCUCUAAAAAUCAAGUGAAACCCUAUCUUUUGCAUUCAGGUGUAGAUACCUUAACACGUUGCUUACGGUGGCAGGCUUUAGAUUCACCGUUGGUAGUUGGUUUGUUGCCUUAACGGCUUUACCCCAUUAAAAAAAGAUAAUCAUAAAAUCCGUGUUGAAAUUUUUUGAGUGUCUAAGGUUUUUAAAUACUCAAUUUCACAGUUGUCCUUGGUAGAUCCACUUUCUAGAUUGAAACCUCAAGGCUCGUCCUGUAUUGUGACCUUUCAAAUGGAGUUGGAAGCUACUGAGCAGUUUUUGGAUGGUGCCAUAAGCCCUUUUCUGUUAUGUUUUCAUCAGAAUUGACUGAUCUUGUUUGAGUUGAAACCGUAACGAGGUUGGAAAUUUUGUUCCACUUCAUCGACUUUCACGCCAAAACUUGCCCGUGCUAUGCGAACUGGCAAACUGGCAAACUGCAUUAUGAGUUUUGAUUGUGAUUUCCUGCAGCACAGAUUUAAAACUUGGCUCUGGAUUUUUUUGUUCGGCUUUUUCGUGAUGCAAAAAAGACACUUCCAGACCCAACUUGCUUUUUGCACCACUCAGUUGUUCGCGGGGAAGGGAGGGGGGGAGGGCUACUUCCUGUAAUGGCCUAUAAGUGGAAGUUCCCCCUGUGCAAGUUUGUGGCGUACUCCCCUCGUACUCUCUUUAGCGAUGGACUCCAAAUGUUCGGUUGGGCAAUGCAAAAGGUCUUUACCAUAACAUUAGAGAUAUUUUAAGCCCAUCUAUAAAGCCUUGCUCUCACUUUGACUCCCAGCGAAGGUUCCACCAGAGAUAGAAAUCAUACCUGCACCCAACCUCACAGCUAUAACAGGAGAGGCAGUGGUUUUGAGAUGCGCGGUCAAAGCGGGUCAUCCACCUCCAGCUGUAGUCUGGGAAAGAGACACAAAGCAACCGCUUAACAGCAGUAGCGACGGCAUAUUGGUGAUCUCCCCUGUAACUUUUGACAAUGAAGGAAUGUAUAUCUGCAAGGCGUCGAAUAUCAUUGGGUCAACUGAGGCCGUGGCCUUGCUUACUGUACAAGGUAAUUAAGUAAUGAUCCGGGUAAGGUGGAUAGCAAUUUCUUUUGUUAUGCGGCAACGGUGCAUUCCCCACACAGCAAUGUUCUCAAUUUUACACAGAGAAUGCAUAAACCUACAUGAAGGUCGUUUACGCAAUAAAAUGCACUUACACUCCACUUUGAAAGGGUGUUUUUUUUGUGUUAAAAGAUUUUGACCAAUCACAAGAGUUGAAAACAAUAGCCAAGAAAAGUUUACAAUUUUACAUGUUCCCCACAUAGGAUUUCUUUGUUAUUCAAACUGAGACCAGAUUUUGUUAUAUGGAAGAUGGUUGAAAGUAAGGAUGAAUAUAUGUACCGCUUUAUGAAGUUUUGUUAACUUUUGCUGUUUAAGCCAAUCAGAGGUAAGUACCGACAAUAGAAAAGUUAGCACCUUUCUUGCAUUCCAACAUGUUCGUUGCCAUUGUUGCUAUUGUUCUUAUCUGGACUGUUACUUAAAGAAGAAGGAAAAUUCAAACACCAGAAAGCUCAGAACAAUUUUCCGAGCUCCAGGUGAGAAUCGAACUCACGACCCUCCGAGUUCUAGUUCGGACGCUCUAACCACCGCGCUUCUGGAACUCUAAUGGCGAACAGGGUCGGGAUUUAAUGUUACAGUGAGAAAAGCUCUUAUUGAAAGCUACACUGUAAGAUACCGGCCUCCCUGUCGGUUCUGUCAUUUAUGGAAUUUGCUGCAACCUGUUCAGUAGCGACUAUCUUUCAAGGGUUCGUCGCUUAUAAAAUAAGUCUUACUAAAUCCUCCUUCCUGCUUAAAUGUUCCUCAAAAGACAUGUUAGUGUGUCGCCUAAAGGUAUCGCUCAAUAAGGUUAUCAAGGGCCUGUUUACAUAGAGGUGGGGGACCCAAGAUAGGUGAGGUAGCCUGAUGUAAACGUGAUCAAAUUAAAAUGAGAUUAUAUGGACAGGCGGUUUACCCCACCUAAGCGGGUUAUCUCACCCACCUGCGGUCUUCCACCUCCAUGUAAUCAGGCCCUAAAAGUAACCCUAAACGUCUUAGGGAAGGGGGUGGGGAGCAAAGGCAGCAAGAAAUUUCCCUGUUAUUCAAAUACCCACAAGGAUUACCCAGAUUAUAACCCGGUGGUGUUCAAUUCCUGCGAGCAUGUUUUCCUUACUUUCUAUAUAUGUCUUGUUUUCCGACUUCCCCGCCAUUUUGCAUAACCUGUUUGUGGCGAAAAAUAAUGUUGUUGAGUUACCUAAUGUUUGUCUGGCCGCAGAAAAUCAGAUCCUGCAUUAACAUUAAGGAAGAUGUGUGCAAUCAUUUAGCCCUUAUAAACCUUUUGAAUUUGUUUUAAUCUACUUUUAUUUCAUCACACAGCUGAACCCAAGAUAAUGCUGAGCCCGCCCAACUCCAUUUCCGUGACAACUGGGGGGUCGGUCACUCUAGAAUGCGCAGUCGUGGGGAAUCCCCCUCCGGAGGUUCAAUGGAAAACUCAGGGAAAUUCCCAAUCCAAUUUUCAACUGAUGGUGAACGGUCCCGGAAUGUUGAAACUUGUUAUUAUAAAAGUGACUGCGGAACAUCAGGGAAAUUACACUUGUCAUGCUCAAAACAUUGUAGGGAAAACUCUGGAAACGAUUCAGUUGAUAGGUGAGUAUGUCGGGUGUCAGUAUGAGUAUGUUUUUCAAUUCUUCCACUCUGUUGACAAAUUAAGUAAAAUAACUUGGUGCCACACAACGUUAUUUAAUUUGUUAUUGUUAUUGUUGUUGUUUUUUGGGGGUAUGUGUGCGGCCCGGGGGGGGGGGCACCUAGGUAUUUUUUGGGUGGGUAUGUGCCGCCCGUGACUCCAAAUUGGCACCCCGUUCUAGAAAAAAUUUCCCCUAAAAUUGAUACCCCGUUCUAGAAAUGGGCCAAUUUUUUAUACCCCGUUCUAGAAUUCACCCUAAAACGGAUACCCCUUUCUAGAAAUGGGCCAAUUUUUUAUACUCCGUUCUAGGGUGCAACAAGAGUACAACGGUUUGCUUGUUAACGCAUUGAACCGUAUUUUUAAAAGCAAUCUGUCCUUGAAUACUUUCAAAUGACUGCUUACAAAAGUGGAGCUUUCGUGCGUUCGAAAUAUUAUACCCCGUUCUACCAAACGCUUCUGAAAUGGAUACCCCGUUCUAAAUCAGAAGCUUCAAAAUCACGACCCCUUUGGGCGGCACAUACCCGUAUUAUUUUUUGACGUCUGUAUUCUAAUACGGCUAAACGGGUGUGUUAUACGUCUUUAUAAUGCAGUGCGCUUCGAUUUUCAUUCUCUCUUUUCCUCAGGAAAUAAAGUGGUGUUAUUCCGGUAACAUUUGCUUUUGAUCUUUUGCUUUAAAUUUUGUCAAUGCACGGUAAACUUCCCACUAUCCCACCCGUGGUUUAAAAUUAAACUGGUUUGCUUUCCUUUUCGAAGUGUGUGGGAAUGACAUUGAAAAAUUUUAAACCGAAAACAAGGAUAGGUUGAACCACAUGUAUCAGUGUAACUGAUAUUUGCGUUGUAUAUGUAUCCAAAGUUGUUUCGGCAGAUCUCAUGACGCUUGUGUAGACUAUUUCAUGCAAAGCAAUUCCUAGAGAUCAAGUAAUGCGUGAUGCAGUGAUUCAAAAACUCUCCUUGUAAUUUUCCAUAAGCAAAGGUUGACCUUUGCUUUUUCUUUGCUCCUUAGUAAAGGUUCCACCAGAAAUAGAAAUUACACCAACCACGAACCUCACAAUUGCCACAGGAGAAUCAGUUAUUUUAAGAUGCGUGGUGAUAGCUGGUAAUCCAUCACCGUCAUUGGUCUGGGAACGAGAAGGGAAUAAACCACUGAACAGCAGUAAAGACGGCGCCUUAGUGAUCUUUGCUGCCACUGGCGACAGUCAGGGAAAAUACAUUUGUAGAGCGACGAAUAAUCUAGGGACAUCUGAAGCCAUUGCCUUUCUUACUGUUCAAGGUAUCAUACAGAUUGUGUUAUUUAUAUCCAUUCUCCACUUAACAAGUGGCGAAUGAAAGAGCUACGGCUGAAGUGAUAAAGGUGCUACAUCCGUUCUCGCUAAUUAAUUUAAUAAGGUACCAUCAAUUCAAUUAAAAAAAAAUAAGCUCCUUUCUUAACAUUUAAGCGCCAUUAGGACUUGUAGAAUGUUUCCACCCAAGCGCAAGCUAUGGCAGAAAUAAAUGUAUACACUCUUUUAAAAUAUAAGCCUUGAGCCGUUGUAUUUGGUUUGUAAAUUAUCACGCGCGUAACAGAGCUUGAAUUUUUGGCUAUGAAGAAUGGUGAAAAAGAAAUAAAUUUCAUAGAAACCAAAGAGAAGGUAAGAUGCCAAAUAUAAAAUUGGGAUACAUAUACUGCUUUUUGUCUAUGGUUUAGGUUGUCCGUUUGUGCCACGUGGCCAAGGUCAGGAGAGAGGAGCAAAGUUUGGCGAUAUUCAUGAUAAUCUAUUCUAGCUGUGUUGCACCACGUUCCCUCUUAUUUUUUCAGAUAGGUUCUGUGUGAUGUGUGGAAAAAGCGUUUGAUUCCUGAACUGGUUUAUAAUUUCACACUGUAUCUGUCCCCUUGUGCUUUCCUUUCACAGCUGAACCCAAGAUAAUGGUCAGCCCCUCUAAUUCGAUCUCCGUGACAGCUGGUUCUUCGGUCACACUAGAAUGCGCAGCCGUGGGGGAUCCCCCUCCGGUGGUUCAGUGGAUACCCCAGGGACAUUCCAAUCUACAACUGAUGGAAAGCGGCCCUGGGGUGCUGAAACUAAUUGUAAAAAACAUCACUUCAUCGAACCAGGGUAAUUACACUUGUCAGGCCCAGAACAUCGUAGGAAUAACCAAGGAAACAAUUCAUGUAACAGGUGCGUAAGUUGAUUUUGCCCAGGUUAUCAAAAGAGCUCUUGAAAAUGCUUUUUAGAACUUUCGGCUUCUGAUCACUAGCCGGUUAACAGUGCAUGAAAAGACUGUGACCGCCGGCAACCGAAUUAAGUUAAGAAUCGCCUUCUCAUGGCUAAGGCGUGUCCGGGACUGAAAGACGAUUGUUUUCAGUUUUAAUAUUUCUUCACUCAGAGCCUUAAAUUGCCACUGCUUACGAGACACAUCAUGAUAAAUCAGCUUCCUUUUAGGAAAUAAAACGACUUCACUAAAUCCUCAAAAGCCUUAGCAAACGCAAGAAAUUUACGUCGGUUUACGUCGUUUCCACUUAACUUAGUUGUCCUUUUUGUUGUUGUGAUUUGCCAGGACGAAGAAACAAUAUAGGACACAGCGUUAAAAUAACUUCACACGCCAUGGUAAUUAUUUUGGUUCCACUUUUACCCAAAUGUCAACCAAAACACGAAGUCCUUUGAUGAGUGAAUUCUCAUCAGUUUGUUGACCUAAGUAUCAUCGAAUGCAUCAUCGAAUUUUCUCCGUGUGGCAUUUCCCAUCACUCUCAAACCAAAGAUACUCUAACCUCAAACCCUGUCUAAAAUCUGCAAUUGCCACUAGUUAAGUAAUUAAAAGUGUUACGAGUAAUAAUAGUAACAAUAAUAAUUAUAUAACAACAAAAUCUUGAAUCUUCAGUAAAGGAUAUGCCAAGAAUAGAAAUCAGGCCAGCACCAAACCUGACAGUGAGCGGUGGAGAUACUGUGAAUCUAACGUGUGCGGUAAUUGCGGGUAAUCCAACCCCGACUGUGGUCUGGGAACGAGAAGGAAAUAAACCGCUGAACAGCAGUAGUGAUGGCGUGUUAGUGAUAGCUGCUGCCAGUGGUGUCAGUCAAGGAAAGUACAUCUGUAGAGCGACGAAUAUUCUGGGGUCCACUGAGGCAGUCGCCUUUCUUAUUGUUCAAGGUACAAUUAUCUGGCAACACGUUAUAAAAUGUACGUCACGAAAUAGGAAAUUUUUAAGAUAUAACGUCAAUGCUUUCUGAAAGCACACCAUUUUGUCAUUAGAGUUUAGACCUCUCAAAUGAAAAAUUAAUAAAGUUACGCAUUUGUUUAUUUAUUCAUUUAUAGACCAUACAACACCCUAUUUGUCUGUAAGAUAGAGCGUUUACCGUAACUAGCGACCAGUUCGGCAAGAUUCACUAAAGGGUCUCGCGCCUUCUUCCAUAACGUUUACCCCCAAUGACCGCCCGUCAUGGUAAGCCGGUUCUUCCAGGACGAUCUUACUGUAAGACGGGGAACUGCAAACAACCUUAUCAAUUCUUUUAAUCAUUUAAUCUAAUUAAAGGCGCCCUUGGUAGCAACUUUCAGUCUCAGUUAUGAUGAAUUGUUGUGGCUAAGCGUUCAAAGGCUAGUGUCUCUUGUACAGAAGUAAAAACACAAUGUAGAAAAGCAGUGCAUAACGCUACUUCUGGCUUAUGCUUUCAUGGGCCAUAGCCCAAGUUUCUGCGCCAAUACAAUAAAGCACAUUUCUUUAAUACACAGGUGAGCCAAAGAUAAUAGUGAGCCCUUCCAGUCCCGUAUCAGUUAAAGCUGGCAGCUUUGUCUCUCUAGAAUGUGUAGCAGAGGGAAAACCCACCCCAGAUGUUCAAUGGGAAACUCAGCUUAAAUCUCACUCCAGCCUUCAGCUGGGGGAACGUGGCCGUGGUGUCUCAAAACUGGUAAUUGAGACCGUGGGUCCAGAAGAUGAGGGCAAUUACACCUGUCAGGCUCAAAACAUCGUAGGGAAGACCCAGGAAACUGUUCAGUUGAUAGGUAAGUUCGUAGUGAGACCAGUUGUAAUACAGGUUAUUGUUGAAGUUUGUAAGUUUCUUUGCCAACUUAGAGCUGGAUAUAACAAAAAGGUAUCGGACAAUAGAUGGAAUUGCCCACUAGAGGACAAGAAAAUUAAUGUGGCUUGGUAAUUAAUACAGGCGCUAUGAUAUCUUCAUGCUGAUAUUUUUGUGGAAAAGUUGUGUGGAAAACUUUGUCGUAGCUCAAUGUGCCUGUUUUAAUGACGAAGUUACCCUAACUCAGCAUGUCAUUUGCCUGAGAACUUUUCUGGUUUUUCUGACUAGAAUGAUGUUCUGGUGGGUAAUACCGGUAUGUCUUUUUUCCACCGUUCUGAAUGAAAUACCUAAAAAAGACCUAAUAUUUGCAGCUGUGCUAUUCUUAAUUAUCAGCCCAGCAGCCUGACCACCUCUACCCCCCACUGAAUCUUUACAGGCUCAUUUUUAGCCCCGCUUGGAUGAGAAGCCAUGAAGUGUACGAGGGCACGAUAAGCCCUGAUAUCAUGCAUAUGGUUACCAGCCUCAGGGCUGAAAAAUCACCCACCUUAAACUAAUCUUUAGCUGUCCUAACAGUUAACUCUGAAAUCACUCUUUUUACUUUCAUCUGUUAGUAAAGGUGAUGCCAAAAAUAGAAAUCAUGCCAGCGAGAAAGCUGACCGUCACAGGUGGAGAGAGUGUAACAGGGAGCAAAAUGAACCGCUGAACAGCAGUGACAACGGCGUCUUAGUGAUCUCUCGCGCGUCCGGUGACAGUGGAGGCAGAUAUAUUUGUAAGGCGACAAAUAUCCUAGGGUCAACUGAAGCAGCGGCUGGCUUAUUGUUCAAGGUAAAUUUUAGACUAACACAAGCCAAGGGCAACUACUCUACAAAUACCUAUCUUGUUUCUGACAACCCUUUUCAAGAACCACCACCCAAAACAUCCAAAACUCUUCUUGUGUGUUCGUUUCUUUAAGUCACUUUUUCUUGUCCGUCUUUUAUUACUAUGAAUUCCUGAAGACAAACUUCACGAGGAAAGUAACGGCCAGUUGUCGUUUUUAGCCAGAUCCUUAUCUUUACUUCACUUACAACAGCACGAGUAAGCAAUGACUACAUUACCCAAGGAGAAAUUGAAACAAUACUUAUAAUUAAGAGUUUUAAGGGGACAAACAACGAAUAUCUUGACCAGUGCUGAAAUGGCGAGACUUUUCAACAAGAAAGUAUCUCGUUUCUUCCUUUUUGAAACCUGUAUUCAUGUGCCAGUGAUAAAGCUUAUUUUAUGGCAUCUUGAAGGUAGUGACUGCACAAUUACGUUAUGGUUUGCUUAAUUGUUACACAGGUGAACCCCAGUUGAUAGUAAACCCUUCCAGUCCAGUCUCCGUGCUAGGUGGAAGACAUCCGAAAUGUAAACGAUCGUAAACAAAUCAUUUCCUCUUUUGCUUUCCACCAUAUCAUGAACUGGAACUGGUUAUCAUAGAAUAACAAGGUUUUAUUUGUUUUUCUUAGGUUUUCUUGCGAAAUUGCAACCGAUGUUUCCUCAUUUUUUUAAAUCUUAUCAUCCAAUGUUGACAUUAAAGAUUCCUUAUUGUCGAAGAGUGUCUGUGUCUAGCCUGACAAAACAGCUGACAUUUCGAGACGCCAUCAACGGAGAAUACGUCUAAGGAACGGGCGCAGAAAUUUCAUAUUAAUGAUGUGUCACUACCCAGAUCUGGAAAGUGCCAACCAAAAUCACUACCCAGGUCAGAGUAGUAAAACGUCAUUAGUAUAAAAUUUCUUCACUCGUUCAUCAGAUGUCAUUUCCAGGAAAACCAUUGGUGGCGUGGCGAGAUGUCGGCAGUUUUUUCAUGCUAAGCUGUGUCAGGAUGUCUGUCACUUUACAUUAAUUUAGAGGAACUUUUGCUAUUGUCCUUGCUUUAAUUAAAGGAAGCUUUAAUUUUAGGCCAAACUUGUUCUCAAAGAGGAUUGUAUGACAUGAUAUUUUAAGCAUGUGGCGUAUGUGUGGAAACUUUUUCACACUUAUUCAGCUUAGAACAAAACUAAUGAGUGAUACAAAAGUUGAAGUAAAUUUAUGUUUUGUUUUUCUCCAUUGACGAAAUAUGACCUGAGGUUAUUGUGAUUCCUUCUAGUAACUGUUCCACUAGAACCACCAGAGAUCCUCUUAAAUUCUGUUUUAAAAACUGUCAUCGAAGGAGAAGACGUGGAGGUUCGGUGCAAUGCAUCUGGCUUACCAGCUCCGACCAUUGUCUGGGAAAGACUGGGUUCUAAUUUACUCAAUGACGCCCUUGAUAGAGAUGGAAUACUGAUGAUCCCGUCUGUCGGUGCAGAAGAUGCUGGGACGUACUCCUGUAAAGCAGUUAAUAGUGAAGGGCAGGACAGUUUUAGUAUCAAGUUGGAAGUGAUAGGUACGAUUAAGGAAAAAAACUGAACCCAAGAAAAGAGAGGAUAAAGUUUCUCGAAUCCAGGCUAAUCAAAAUUUAUUACUGAGAAAAAUCACAUUUAGAAUCCAAGUUAGAGACAUUCAAAGGUUUCAAAGGUUUUAUUUCUUGUAGCUCAACAGUAAGAUACCUCUCCCACAAAUUUCAACGUAAAACAAAUUUUAACGUCAAUUACCAUUGAUCGUGUAUCAUUUCGUAGCGGCAUAUGAUCGAGUUACACAUUUUAUCCUGGCGAAGUUCAACGAUACCGUCAACUGGAGGUGUAAAGGCCAUUUCUUUAUGUACCACUUUGACCAAUAAGGCAUCCUGUUUCUGAGCCUUCCAUAAAAAUUGUUCCUUCUUCAUAUGCUUUAAUGUGAAGAAGCGCUUUGAUUAAUAACUAAGGGACUUUCCCACACUUUCACUUGGUAACAGUUCAAACUAUACGAUAUUUCAAAAAAGCCCUUUUUAAAUAAGAAAUGGCACAUGUCUUACCCGUUUCUGUACUACAAACUGUCAAAUACAGUCAAAUUUCCCUUAGGCAGACACCAUCGGCAAGCAAAAAAGUAAUUCAUUGGGAGCUGGCCGGUAACAAAUCAUGCUUUUGUAGUGAAGUUCCUAAUGGGAAGAUUUGUUAAGGUGGCCGUAAGUGAAGCUGUCCGCUUGAGGCAUAUCGUACGUCCGUCAAAAGAUAAAAGAGCUUAGACUGCUACUACCCUGUUAUACACCUCUCCCAUUAGAUCUUUUCAACGUAAUUAUUACUAUCAACGAUUCCAAGUAAUGCUGUUUUUUGAACUCGAAGUUUUUAACAUUUUCCAAAGGUUUCGAAAACAAUGAAAAAAUGGAACACCACCUUUAGGAACUUUUAGGAGAAACGUAGCCAUGUGGUUGAAUAUUCAAGACUGAAAUUUGUGUUUCCUUUCUUCCCCAAACUUGAUUCCUCCUAUGAGCAUAAACUUAAACGCAACAUCUGAAGGAUCAAGGAGACAAAAUGUAGUGAGUUGUAUUAAGCUGUCAUGCCAAGCCUCGAACCCCUUUUAUUGUGUCUUCUCACCAAGGUAGAAUUAUGAAUUUUUUUUAUCAUAAAACUCGCAAAUAGUGAACUGACCUAUGUCUACAUUUAAGUGAUAAACAACCCGAACCCUACCUGUUUCUUUCUUUUUUCAACUAGUGCCUCCUCUAAUCGACGUGACUCCCUCCGAGAUCUCCGUCAAUCAAGGAACCUCCUUUAACAUCUUUUGCAUUGUUAGGCCAUCACUUGCAAUCACGUGGUCAAAACUCAAUGUUAGUUUCCCGAACGGCAUCGUGAGCGACAAGGGGACCUUAAAAGUCAGUGAGGCGAAACUGAAACAUGCAGGAACAUACCGCUGUUAUGCUAACAAUUCAGCGGGCUCCAGUGAAGGCUUUGCAAGCGUCGUCGUGUAUGGUAGGAACCUUUAGGGGCCGUUAAUUUAAAAAAAUAUCGCAGUAUAUAUAAGUGCAUACCUCAAGAGUUAAGGUAAUAAAAGUUUUAAUUGUAAAAACACAAAUUAAAAAAAGGCCUUUCAUCCCUUCUUCUUCUCUCUCAAUGACUCCCAUUUAUCCUUUUUCCCUUUUAUUUAGAAAGAAACAUUCUAUGUUGUACUAUAAAAUCUAUAUUGUACUACAAAUGAUGUUUUUUUGUGAUGGCAGUCAAAGUUUCUUUGAAAUAUACGUUCGAGUCUUGUUGCUCUUUGCAUAUCGAUUAUCUUCAUUAUUUAUCAACUUAUAUUUGGGAAAUCAGUGCUAACCAACACGCUAGCCAAUUUUCAGUUUCAUCCCAUGUUCAAUUUGUCCUGGCUUUUUGACUGACUUUCGUUCUGAUAUCUCAGCUGCACCAAAAGUGGUGGCCUGGCCUAGAUCUUUUGAAGCAGCGCAUAAAUCCAAUGUUACAUUUCACUGCAACGCGACUGGCAUACCCGACCCGGUGAUCUCCUGGUCAAAAGAGGGAAGCGACAUUCCCGUACGACACUCAGCUGGUGUCUUGAGUCUUACAGGAGUUAUAGGUGACGAUAAUGGUCGAUACAUCUGCACAGCAAAAAAUGCUGCUGGAACUUCUACAACAUCUAUAAAACUCACUGUCGAAGGUUUGUUAGAGCUUCGCUUUGAAGAAAAAGAAGUCACUUUCUGUUCAUCUCCAUCCCCUUUUUAUGCUUAUUUCCCUUUAUCAUGCCUAAGUUCAUUGGUCCGGUUCACGACCCCAUAUUCUAAAAGUACAGUGUUUAAUUAUAUCAUAACCAAAAAUUAAUGUCCACAAAUCUUUUUCAAAUGUCGAGCCAAUUCAUUUUACUGUAAUUAUAUUAUGCUAUACCCUUGAGUUUAUCCAAUUGUUAUUGUUAUCAUUAUUAUUAUUAUUAUUAUUAUUAUUGUCGUUGUUGCUGCUGUAAUUAUUACUAUUGUUAUCUUUAUCGUUCUUGUCAUUGUAUCAGUAUCAUAAUCAUUAUCAUUAUUACUAUCAUUAAAUCAUUCGUAUGAGUAGCCAUGUAAUCAUAUCCUUUUCAGAUCUACCCAGUGUGGUUAUAACAGGUGGAACCUCCGUCAAAACAGUUUCAGUAGGAAAGAAUUUGACUUUAGAAUGCAUCGCGAAUGGAACCCCACAACCAGAAAUACAAUGGACCCGCGUCGACGGUCUGUUGCACGAGGGACUCAUUUCAAAAGGAGGACAGCUGAUUUUUCCCCGCGCGCGGUUUGCCUAUGGUGGUGUAUAUAGGUGCAAAGUCACUAACAGUGCUGGCUCUGUGCAAUCUGAAGUAGCCAUCUUUGUGCAAGGUUGGUGUUUGCUGUUUGUUCUUUUCUGCUGUUACCUUUCACGUUUACUGGUCUGCAAAAGAAAUUAAAGCUAAUGCAAGUAAAGCUAAAAAACGCUUGAAAUAUUUGACCGUCAAUUGCAAAGACAUUCACAUUUGUGGGGAAUAGGAUUGGUUCACUGGUUUGUCAACCGAGUUGAUAAGCCAAGAUAAUAAGACAAGAUAAAAUAGCGAAAGCUGGCGAUUACGUGUUCUCGUGUCAGACCAAGUGAGGAAGGCGUGAAAACAUAAGCCUGCUUUAAAUCUUACUGCGGUAAACCAAAAUGACCUUAUCCGAUUGGAUUUUUUGGUACUACCACCCAACCACCCCAACCCUACGGUUACAACUAAUAUCCAUCUGCGAAGAUCAUGCAGUUUUAUUGACGAUGUUACUAUUAAACAUUGUGUUAUUAACUCGAAUGGCAAGGCUGUACUCUAUUGACUCUUAGAGGCCCCCAAGGUCAUGGUUACUCCACAGAGUUCACGUGUAAAAACUGGUGAGACCGUGCAAUUCACUUGCAUCGCUAGCGGCUCCCCGUCACCAGACCUAACAUGGCGGAAAGUUAACGGAUCGCUUCCAGUCAGCAGUACAGUGCAAAGAGGAGUUCUGAAGAUUGCCAAUGUGACUCAAAAGGAUGCUGGGAGUUACAAUUGUGAAGCCAAAAAUGUUGAAGGAUCGGCUAAUAGAAGUGGAAUUUUAGAAAUUAAAGGUAAGGUAUCAAAGGGUCGGCUCUUUGGAAGUAAUUUUACUUUAACCUCCCUCCUUGUUUCAUGUCUUGAUUUUGACGAAUUUUGGAGCAAAAAUUUUACAGUGCCUUUCCUUCCAUACAUUUUUCCUGAUGCAAUUCCAGCGCGAAAAGCUACGAAUGUUCUUGCGGUCAUGUUGAGGGUUAGUUUGGGGAGUUUCUGCUAAGCACACUUCGCGUCAAUGACAAGAAGGAACCUUUGUUAUGAUAUUUACUCUAACCAUAACUUAAAAAUGGUCACCAACCAUUUGUAUCUCUACCUUUUCUAUCUCUUCUUAGUGACCGUUCCACGAUUUACACAGGAACCUCUGUCCUACCUCAGUGUACAGACAUUAACAGACGAGCCACUUAAUUUCACGGUUGAAAUUGUGUUCAUACCGGAGAUGGCGGAUGGGCUGAUUCUGUACAACGAUCAGCUAACAAAUGGCUCUGUUGGAGACUUCAUUUCAUUUGGAAUGUCAGACAGAUUUGCUGAAUUUAGGUAAUGGGGUUGUAUUCACAAACAGGGACGAAGAGCAUUCUUCUUGAUCCCCGCCAGUAGUCCUGUGAGGCUUAGCUCUAGCAGGAGUCUGUCCUCGCAAGCUAUUUUUUCCAUAAAGCCUUUGGUUACUCACAAAUCUUUUUUCGAGGUCAUUUGAAAACUAAUGCAAAAAUAGGACCUGAACUUAUUUUGUUACUGUAAAACCCUGAAACAGCAAGGUAAGCAAACUAUGGUAUUACUAACCAAGUCUAUCAUAUUCCAUCUUGGCUGCAGUCAUAUUGCAUACAUUUAGCCAAGCCUUAAAACGGAGCUUCCAUUUAAUACAACACUUUAAGUUCCGGUUUGGAACUUAAACUUCAUGCACUCUGACUGUUCCAUUGACUUAUUCCAAGAACUGCAUCACGUCAUAUGUAACAACAUACUUAGCACGAACACACCAUUAUAAGAUGAGGUAGUUUACUUGUAGAUUGUGUGUUGGUUGGACUUAUAAUCCUAUGGUCAACUAUUACAAGUGUAAUAUAAACGUGUAGCCAUUUUCCGUGAGCACAGAUUGAAGAAAAAAGACUCCGCUUCAGCGCAAGCUUCCCACAUAUACUCUGGGCUCCGUUGUCCUAGUCUAACAAAGUAUACUCGAAUAUCUCCUCCCUGAUAAAGCUGAGCCGGCACAUUAGAGAGUAUAUUACGAUGUUUUUUUUUUCGAAAUGGGCUAUAUCCACGUUGUAGUGGCUGUGCAUGUCGUCUUGAUUUUAACCUAACUGUGAUGCACAUGUUAUAAUCCAGUUUCAUUCUUGGUUGAUAUUUUUUUUCUUUUUUGGGGGGUAUGGUAACGUAAGAAAAGAGCCUGAAACAAACUAAAUUAAAUAUAAACCAAGGUCAAAAUUGAAGAGAACUUAUCCGUAUUUAGAUUCAACCUUGGCUUUGAGCCUGCAAUCAUUCGAAGCCGGCAACCAUUGAGCCUGUAUGAGUGGCACAGAGUCGUCUUAUCACGUAACAGGAAGGAAGGAAAUCUCACCGUAGAUGGGGAGUCACCUGUAACAGGAAUUUCUAAGGGGAGUAGUACAGGUCUGAAUUUGAAUCAGGAUUUGCACGUGGGAGGAGUCCUUGAUUUCUCAUCAAUAAGCUCUUUGGCGGGAUUCAAGUCAGGAUUUAUUGGCUGUUUAAGCUACUUGGCUAUCGACGGAAAAGUUGUAAAUUUUGGU